AUGGUGAAAAUAGCUAAUUCACUGGGUUUUAUUCGUGUGGAAAGUAUCCCAGCAAUUAAUCUUGCUGGGGCUUUUUGUUUGAUGUGGAAGUGGGAUGUUCGUUUAAAUGUUGUUAAUGUCUUUAAUGGUAUGUUUGAAGCUUUAGUUUGGGAUGACCAGGAGAGUAAAUGGUGGAAUCUUUUUUCUGUUUAUGGUCCACCUUAUGAACAUGAAAGAGGGAGUUUUUGGAAUAAGUUGAAUUCCUUGGUGGACAAUUGCGUGGAACCUUGGGUUGUCAUUGGGGAUUUAAACUGUAUUGCUAAUGGAGAGGAAAAGCAGGGAGGGCGCCGAGUUACUCAAGGUGAUCUUAGAUGGCUAAAUGAUUUUUUGGAUAACUCAGGAGGUGUGGACUUGCGAUGUACGGGUUGUAAAUUUACAUGGCACAACAAGAGAUUCAAUGGGGGCCUAAUUCGUGAAAGAUUGGAUAGAGCAAUUGCAGCCACUGAUUGGGUUAAUAGUUAUCCUAAUGCAGGGGUUCUUAACUUUCCUAUUUCGGUUUCGGACCAUGCUCCCAUCUUAUUGGACUCUUCAAUGUUCAGAUCCAAAGGCUUUAUUCCCUUCAGAUUCUAUGAGGCGUGGUCAAAGAUUGAUUCGUGUAAGGAAACAAUUGAGGAUGCCUGGUGCUCAGUGGGUUCAGAUUCAACUAAAAACCUCUUACAGAAUCUUGACAACACUAGAAGAAGCCUUCAAUCCUGGAAGAAGAAGCAUUUCAAUGAUCUUGAAUCUAUUAUUACAUCUCUGGAAAAACGGCUACAAUGGAUUCAAUGUCAAUCCUCUUCUGUUGAUUUGUGUAUGGAGGAAAGAGAGAUUCAACUUAGACUAGAGGAAGCUUGGAAGAAAAAAGAGGAGGUUUGGAGACAAAAAUCAAGAGAGGUUUGGUUAAAGCUUGGAGACAGGAACUCGAAGUUUUUCCAUGCUGCGGCCACUAUUAGAAGAAGAAGAAAUUAG